AUGAGAGCGUUAAUCAAAAGAGACCCAGCUGAGGGAUUUGAAUUCGACGAAAAUUGUCCCAUUGAUGAGCCUGUUGGAGACGAAUGCCAAAUAAAAGUAACGGCUGUUUCGGUCUGUGGAUCAGACAUAAACUUGUGGAAAUGGAAUGAUGUAGCUAGAACGAUCGCAUCUUUGCCUUUCAUCCCUGGUCAUGAAGCCGUCGGAAUCGUGGUCAAAUGCGGCCCGGAAGCGACUCAUAAAAUCAGGCAGCGAGUAGCGGUGGAGAACCAUUUUUACUGCGAAAAUUGUUGCAUGUGUGAUGCAGGAAGGGGUGAUAUUUGCAAUAAGAUGAAGCAAUAUGGGCAUGGAAAAGGAACUACUCAGGGUGGCUGCUCUGAGCUGUCAAAUGUCAGCUCCAAGUACCUCUACCCAAUCAACUCAUCCAUCACCGACGAACAAGCUUGUCUGAUUGAACCGAUGGGUGUCGCCCACAAUAUUCUAGAGCGAAUCGACAUUGUUGGCCAGGACCUUCUCGUAAUCGGAUGCGGCCCGGUAGGAUUGCUGGCGAUUGCGUGUGCCCGAGGAAUGGGAGCUAAGAAGAUUUAUGCGGCGGAUGUGAUUGCUGAUAAAUUGGAGUUGGCGGAGAAAAUGGGCGCGGAUAGAGUGAUUGAUGUGACAAAAGAAGACCUCCACGAAACCAUCAUGAAAGCAACAAAUGGCGAGGGAAUUCCCCGAAUCUGCGAAAUUUCUGGGCAUGCUCCGACCCUGUCAAAAUGUCUGAAAUACAUGCGAAAAGGCGGGAAACUCGGCCUCGUUGGCCUGCCUAAGUCGGCAGUGACGUUUGAGGAUCCCCUGCCCGAUCUGAUUUUCAAGAGCUUGGAGAUUCACAGCGUCCACGGAAGAAAGAUUUUCCACACUUGGGAGGAGUGCGAAAAAUUGAUCGAAAGUGGAAAGGUUCAACCAGAAAUGACUGUCUCUCAUCGAGUCCCCCUGUCCGACUUCAAAACCGCCUACGAUGCGCUUUUGUCCGGCAAAGCCUGCAAGAUCAUUAUGGAUCCACAAAACUAG